CAUACUUAUUGGAGACCAGACCUUUAGUCAUAAGUUAUAACCUGCAGAGGGGGUGUAAUUUUUAACAUAUUUUACGUAAAUGGAGCCCUUUCAUAUCACUUUUUAAUAUAAUCACAGUGCUGGCUGGUGUUUACUAUCUUUGGAAAUCUUUUACAAUGUCUUCACAUCCACUUGUGUGGUGUUGGGUUCCCUCAACUUCUCCACCGACUAUGAUGUUAGAACUCGCCGAGCGUUCGUUUAAGGACAACUUUAUUCUCAUCCACGGAGUGAAACUUGCUGAUUUGAGCCAAAACAAGCGGGAAAAAGUGAAAGGAAUACUAUGCAGUAGGUUUAAACAUUCAAAAAUGAGAGUGAACAGAGAAAUUAUGGACCUGCUACCGAAUUUAAAAGUGAUCAGUACUCCAAGCGCAGGUGUGGAUCACAUUGAUGUAGAGGAAGCUACUGCACGUGGAAUUCGUGUAGGUUAUGUUCCAGGCCAUUUUACGAGCGAUUCCGUUGCAGAGUUUGCUUUCGGUUUGCUGUUGGCAUCUGCGAGGUCAAUUUUACUUGCAAAUGAAAUAGCAAAGUCAUCUGAUGCAGCACAAUCAGCGAAUAUUUCUUGCUCAAUACCCCCAUCACAAGUGACUGGUUCAGCUCUUGGCCUUGUUGGUUUUGGGAGCAUUGGAAGAGCAAUUGCUGAGAGAGCUAAGGGAUUCAAAAUGAACAUUUUAUAUCAUUGUCGGACGAGGAAAGAAGAGCUGGAAAUAUAUUCAGGUGCUACAUUCUGUUUGGAAUUAAAGGAGCUCUUGACAGCAUCUGACUUUGUUGUUCUGAGCUUACCAUUGACGCCUGAAACAACUAAUUUCAUUUCAGCUGAGGAACUUAGUAUUAUGAAGUCUACAGCAACACUUAUUAAUGUAGGUCGUGGAGGAACUGUCAAUCAUGACGAUCUUACUGUGGCAUUACAGAAGGGUGUUAUAAAAGCUGCAGCAUUAGAUGUCACAGACCCACCAGUUCUUCCUAGGGACCACCCACUAUUAAACAUGUCAAAUGUGAUUAUUACCCCUCAUAUUGCAUAUUUGACAACCAAUGUUCAACAACUACACUGUUGGACUUCACUGGAUAAUUUAAAGGCUGGUGUCAAAGAUAAAGAGCUUCUUUACUCAGUAAACUGAAAGAGGAAAUUAAGUGAAUGCAUGGAUGCAAACUGAUGAUUAUUUGAUUGAUUGAUAACUGUAUUCAUACACUGUUAAAAAUUCCCAUCCACUAGACUCUGAAAACAGCUAAUUAUCAUUCAGUUUUGGAAAUGCUAAGUAGUUGAACUUGUUUACACUAUAUUGAUAAUAAUUGUCCUGAAGGCUUGCAAAACAAAUAACAAAUAAUAGAAUUUGAUUUAACUCCUUGCCAGUAUGUAACUUUUUGACAGGGUGUAUGGCUGUUGAUUUCACUGCAGGGCUCAUUGAGUUUAUUUGAUUUGAUUUGUGAUUUGAAAUCCCCAGAUAUUUUAACAGUUUUUAUUAUUAUAUGCACAAGAGCAGAUGCUAUUGCAAGUGAUUCAUGAAUUUAUCUUAUUCCUGACCAGUUAUCAGGAACAUUUUCAAACACAUGCAAAAAAGUUACUGGAGAUUACUAUUCCCAAAAUACUUUCAGAGAUGUUACAAUGACUGGCUAAACUUGCAAAAGAUGCUUUAGCAAGUGCUCAAGUUUGUCUUCAGUGCAUAAAACUCUACUCCUGGUAACUACAGUUAGGAAUUAAUAAACCUCAGCAUACCAUUCAUGUGCUGACUUUUCUGACCUGUCUUUUCACUGUAUUAACCCUUUAACUCCCAGAUCAAAUUUGUAAUU